GAUAUAAUAAGAAUAAUUCAAAUUAGUAGUAAAACCAUGGUGAGUCAUACAACGAUUGCGGUGGCUGGAGUGAUGCAGAUUUUGGGCGUAUCCAUUUUUGUGUCCAAGCCAAAGGAUCACUGCUCACCGGCACCCCCUAUAAGCGCAAAUAUCUUCCUCACGGCCAUCCUGUUUUUGUUAUGGAACGGAGACCUGAUACCCAAGCGGUACAAGAAGACCUCGCCGUGGCUAUUCGCCGUCGUAGAAAUCCUGGCCACGGUUUUCAUAACCGAGCUGAUCAUGUUCGUCGGCUGGUGCGCCUACGAGCGAAUGGCUUUCAAGACGGCGAGGAUGAUUUGCCGUCAGCCUGGAUGGUGCGAGAACGGACUACUUUCAUUCACCACCAUUGGGGGUGCUCUUAUUACCACGUUCAUUGUGGCGGUGGUGUUGUGCCCGGUCAAAAUAAAGGACAGCAUGGGGAGCAUCUUGGAGAGCAUACCCAUUCCCCCGUGCGCCGGACCACUGAUCGAUCAUAUUCAGGACAUCAGGAGCUAUGUGAUGGGAGCGGUUUUCUUCAGUCAGUUAACUCGGGAGCAGCGUUUUCAAGCAAUUCGUGCCUUUCAGAUGCAAUUGCGCCUUUCGGAGCUUCCGAAUCAGGAGAGCCAAGAGUCAAUGUGCCAGGAUGAUCCAGAUGAGCAGGCCAUAGGGACAGAGGAGGAGGAGGACGAGCUCGAAGAGAAGCAGUUGGAAGCCGAACUGGAAGCAGAGUCCGUCCAGGUCCAAGAGUUGUACUCGUAAAUUGUUUAUUAUUUAUACAAAUUUAUGCCAACAGCUGUUGCUAUUGCCGGCCUUGUU